CCUGAGCCUAGUGUGACGACGUGACCCGUGCUGGCCGUGCUUUACUUUACUCUUUCUAGCCUAUGAAAGUUAAAUUUAACAGUGUACACUACAGGGCGUGGUGAAAUAUCACAAAUUUUCUAAAAACAAUGAAUCAGGUCUGGUUUGUUUUUAGAGACUGCCCAAGCAGCUUUACAUUGGUUUUGGAUCUAGCUAUAAACUUGAAGUUAGCUGCAAUGUUAGCCUUGGAACAUGAAGACCAAACCAUCUAUGACAAAAAAGUGUUGCACAAAUUAGACUUUGCUAAAUUUGAAUCGAUAUUCAAUCCACCAAUAUCAGUUUCAAAGCCUGGAGAGGGUCUGGUAAUUCGACCUCUUCAAUCUUCUGAUUUCAAUUUGGGUUAUAUUAAUCUUCUAGCACAACUUACCUGUACGGGAGAUAUUUCAAGAAAAGAGUUCACUGAUAGAUUUCAAUCCAUGGUAAGAUGUCCAAAUACUUACUACAUCACUGUGGUAGAAGACGUCACCACUUGCCAAAUAGUUGGUUCUGCUAGCCUGGUUUUAGAGCAGAAGUUUAUUCACAAAUGUGCUUUGAGAGGAAGAGUGGAAGAUGUUGUUGUAAGUGACCAAUACAGAGGGAAGCAACUGGGAAAGCUGUUGAUGGCAACAAUGGUUCUGCUUGCUGAACACCUCGGAGUUUACAAGCUGACUCUGGACUGUCGCGACCACAUGGUCCCGUUCUAUCAAACCUUCGGCUACGACAAGGAACCAGGAAACUCCAACUACAUGCAGAUUAGAUUUAAGUCUUAGAAAUCGGUCCAACUGUUUGGGUAGGUACAUUAAAUUGAAUGACUGAGUUCUUUGUAAAUCUUGACCUUUUUUAGAGAGCUCAGUCAGUAACAACUUCUAUGAAAGCCUUUGAAAGGUUUGUUUGAGGCAUUUGGCUUAUUACAUUAUGCUUUUUUAAAGAGGUAACAGCCAGAAGCAUGUAAGGUUAAUCUUCUAACCAGAUGAUUACUGAUGAGCUACUUCUUUUAUUUGCUCUUGUUUAAGUAUUUCUUUGAAAAAUAAUUACUAAAAUAAAUUAACUUUUUUUAUAUUUAAAAUUAAGUGAGGCACUUUACACUUUAAAUACUCAGUCCAAUAGUUGGAGUGUGCAGAUUCCAUGCACAAUGUAUUCUAAAUUCAGUUACAUCUCUGGACAUGCUGAUUGGUGUGUGUAUUUUUGCAAAGAUAUCUACUUCAACUUAAUUAAGUGAAUUAUGAAAGGAUGGAAAUAGUAUAUUUCAUAAGAAGACUAGAAAGUUGGAAUUGAAUUGAACCCUUCCCGGACGGGCGAAAUCAUUACAUAGGACAAUAAAAAUUAGAGGAAAAAAUAACAAUUAAUUUUUCAUAUUUGUGUUUUGUUAUACAAGUAUACAUAAAAGAAACACAGUGGAACACAUCUUACUGUCAAAAUAAUUUUUUAAUCGUUUUUAACAAUGCGGAUAUAUCCGGGUUGCGGAUGAGUAGAAAUGCAGCGGAUAUAUCCGCCACCCGUCUUUGAAGAUAUGACCAUGACAACGUUAAGCAAUAAAUAAAGAACAAUAUGUAAACAAUAAAUAGAGACAACGUAAUGUUGAGUGCAAAGUGUCGAGGGGGGGAGCGUAGGAGUGGUGGUAGGUGCGCGGGAGGGGGUGAGGCGCAGGAGAGGGGUUAGCGCGGUAGAGAGGGGGGAGUGCGGGGGAGAGCGCAGUCAUGGAAUGAGCAGGAAAGUGGCGCCUUGGUACAGCGAAACAUCUGGUUACUGCUCAAGCACCUGCCAGUCUGUCUGAAGAGAAGGCGGAUAUAACCGCUUCCAGUCCGGAGCAUCAAAACCCAUAUGCGGAUAUAUCCCUCACCCGUCCUUUGUCACCAAAGACUUAUGCGGAUAUAUCCAUCACCCGUCCGCGAAGGGUUGAUAACCCACUUUCUUUUUUUGAUACACUACAAAGACUAGUUAUUUUAAAAUUUAAAAUAGACAUUGGGAUAUUUCUUCUGAACAGUUUCAAAAUGAAAAGUUUCAAAUUUCAAAACUAAAAGCAUUUUUUUAGGAUAGGUCUUCUAUUUAAUGUUCAAAUUUACAUUGAUUGUACAGUAAAAAAGUUGUGGUUGAUGCAAAUUGAAACAAUAAAUAAUAUGUUUGUUUGUUUAUGUCGGCAAAAUCCAUAAAAUAUACUAAAGAUAGUAAACAUUACUUUUGCAUAGUAAUAGCUUUGACUAUUAAUACAACUAGACAUUCCAUCCCCAUGUUAAAGCUGUCGCCAGGUUUUUAAUCAAGUUUGUCUUAGUUGAUGUGAGCCCCCUACAGAUUGCACUGAUAUAAAUAUCUGAUUUAUGCCGAUUACACGAUGGUUCUUACCAAAUCAUACUGAUAGAAUUAUUUAUUAUGAGCUAUAGCAACUGUUAUGACCCAGUAACUAUGUCAGUAACAAAAAAUAUAAAUAGAAAAAAUAGGUAAAAAAUAGAGUUUUAGACACUAGAGCAAUCUGUGAGUGGCUCACACAACUACAUUAGUUUUUAGUAAAAAUUUGAUAUAGAUGGGGUGUCUCCUUCUGUAUCCAAUAGUCAAUGGUAAUAGCUAUUUACGUUACAAGUGUAGUAAGAUCCACACAAUUUACCUAAGUGAUGUAAACACGCUCUUGUGUAACGUGUAACGGACAAGAUUUUACCUCACCCGACAAUAUACAGGAGGUUACGUACAAUAUUUUUCAUGUUCCCACAAUAUACAGGACAAUAUACAAUAUACUUCAUAUUUAUAUAACUCUUCUUCGUAUCUUUCUUUUGAUUUUGUUGGUAAUAAUCCAUUAAUAACUGUAGUUGCAUCAUUUUCUAUAUCUGAGGGCAAACUAUCCAUUUCACUCAUCUUCUAACAGUAACGUUCUUUUACAAACAAAAGCUAGGUUAGGAAAAUACUUUAGAGCAUAACAAUAACACUAAAGCGCACAGCUGAUUUCUAGUGUUGAACGUCGUUGGCUCCAUAGAGCUCAAUGUUAUUUGAAUGGGUUUCAUUACUUCACCGAGUGAUUUUUUGAAACUUUACUUCAAUGGGUGAAGUAAAGAAGUUGUUUACAUCACUCUUGGGAUAGGGAAGUUUAACAUGGCGGGUUGGGUAAACAUUCUUUUUGUGUGGUAAACGAUGUAAUGAUGAAUUUUUGCAGGUGAUAAACAUAUAUUGAAAACAGGUGAUUUCACAGGAGGGCAGCGAAAAUGUAUGUAGUUGUCAAAUCUUUGACUGUGUUGGUAAAGAAACACCAAGGUAGCUGAUCGUCUUGCUUUUACAACAAACUCACUAUAAUAGCUUGUCAGAGUCAUCAACUUGGUUUAACAUGCAGGCUUUCCAAUAAAUUGUCAUAAUUGAGUAAGUAACUAAAUUAAAUGUACGACACAGAUUGUGUGGAAACAAAUAAGGAUUUAGAUUAUAUUGAAUUGAGGUACCAUUUAUUCUUUAAGCAUUUCUGUGCCUAAAUAGCACUGUCUGAUCAGCCUUUAUAUGGGAUUUUUAAUACUUAAUAGGUACGGUAGUCAAUACUAUAAUUUAAGUGACAAUGUUUUAUGGUUAUGCUUUAUAUACUGCUCAGUUUGAUUUCAUGUUUUUUAUUUUAUAUAAGACUUUAUACAAUGUAUAUUUGAAAUGCUUUAAUAUUUGUUUAGCGUUGUAAGAUAUAAUAAAAUGGGUGGUGGGUGAUGUCAUACUGUGACUAAAAUCUAAAGUUUUAAUUUGUAUUAGGUUAUUUGUUGGUAGAGUAGUGGAUACUUAUUAAGUGAAUGAGACAAAAAAAAAAACAAAAAAAAACACA